CCAGCCUGAAAAAGACGUCACUAUAACAUUAACAUACCAAGAGGUACUCCGACGACUUAAAGGGGUUUAUGAUAUUAACAUUUUUGUCGGUCAUUGUGAAAACGGAUACAAUACAAAUAUCGAAGUGUCAAUUAAAGAAACGAAACCUUUAGCAAAACUCGAGUUGUCUCCAGUGUGGAAAAAUGUACAUCGAGACAACAUGAAAGAUCUUCAUAUGACAAGACCAAGUAGCGAAUCAGCAGUCAUAAGAUACAAUGCGGUUUCGAAUAAGUUGGAAUGUCUAAAUAAGUUACAAGUGCAAUAUGACGUAGAAAGAAAUCAGAAUGCUGGAGAGAUUCUUAUUGAAGAUGGAUUCUUUGUACAUUUUCUUGCACCGACUGGUCUUCAGGCUAUUCCAAAGGAUAUUGUAUUUGUUCUAGACACUAGCAAAUCAAUGACGGGUGAACCUAUUGCAGAACUACAGAACGCUAUGGUUACUAUAUUAGGCAAACUUGCUUUGAAUGAUAUGUUUAAUAUUGUUGUCUUCGAGUCGUCAUUUGGUAUGUUUGAGAGCGAACUGCAAAAAGUAACUAAUCGAAGUAUUACUGAUGCUAAAAGUAUGAUUCAUUUCAUGACACCAGGCGGAGGUACAAAUAUUCAUGAUGGUUUACUCGCAGGAAUAAAGAUUUUGCAUUCUAUCAAGGUAGACGAAAUCCGUUCACCAAUUAUUAUAUUUCUAACGGAUGGAAAGGCAUCGACUGGUAUAACAAAUAGAAAUCUAAUAACUAAAAGAGUUAAUACAAGGAAUGUUUUAGGAAUUCCUAUAUUUUCUAUUAGCUUAGGUAAAGGCGCAGAUCAAAACCUGACGUCUAAGAUUGCGUCUCAAAAUUUUGGCUUUUCGAGACAUAUUUAUAAUGCAAGUAUAUCAAGUUCUGUCAUACAUAGUGUGUACGACGAUGUUGCUACUACAUUAAUGAAGCAUAUAAAUAUUGUCUACAUGGAUAACGUUGUCAAUGACCAAACAGUGACACAAACGAAUUUCAAAACGUUAUUUCAAAAUUCUGAAAUUGUGACGUCAGGAAAAUUUCAAAACGAGACAACAAAAUUUCUCAAUUCUACGGUUGUUGGACUUGGAGCAUCGGGACUGACCAUUUUAUCGAACGCAAGCGUCUCUGUAAUUGAUGACGAUGGACGUAAAAAUACAAUUAAGGCAAUAUGGAAGCAUAGACGAUUAAAAGAAGUGAUGUCGUUACAAAAAGCUAUGGAUGACUCUAGAACGGUUAAAGCUUUAAAAGAAACCCUUUUAACAAUGUCUAUUCAGUAUAAGUAUGUUACACCACUAACUGCAGUCUUGAUUGGAAGACAUGGCAAAUCAGACAGUAGUGGUGUCCUAGACAAUGACGAAAGAGGUGUAUAUGCAGCAGCGCAUAAACAAAGAGAUCAAUUAAAGGAAAAGCAGCCGAAACGAAGAGGUACCGAAUUUUCAGGUGAUUCUAUAGGCUUUACUUUUGUGAUAAAAGAGGGCAACAUAAGUACACAAAGAUACUAUCCGGCCCUAGUUUUUUUGGAAGUCGCGUAA